GUUGGGAUAGGUCUGGAGAGAAGAAAACGAAACUAUAACUAAAAUUGGAAACUGAAAAAUAAUUGCCAAGAAAAAGUACAGCAUUGCAACAAGAUGAGUAAUACAAUUUGAUGUCAAAUGAUAGUCCGCAGCUUGCUCAUUAAGUCAACACAGUCAUUUCUGAGGAUAAAAAAUAUCAACGGAGGAAAAGUUCCUUGGGAGUAGCAUCUGAUUGCAUACUCUGUAACUAAAAUGAACGAUCAGGAUUAUUCUACCACUUUCAUGGCUCUCAUUUUACUGACUUGCUCAGUAUUUUUCACCGCAGAAGGAGGAGAUCAAGGUACUUGCAAAGUAUCCUCUUUCGAGAAUAUACAGCACCUACCAAAUAAAACCCUUUUUAAAACUGGGGAGCAUUUGCAGUACCAAUGUGAUGUAGGUUAUGUGAGUCCACACAAAAAUAUAGUGGAGGAAACCGUGUGUCUUUCAUCUGGGUGGUCAACAAUUCUUCAAUGUAUUGAAAUUACAUGCACAGUACCAUCAACAGCUGGUGUCCUGAGCAAACGCCUAAGCUAUAGAAAUAAUGAGGUGGCAAAGUUCUCAUGUGAUGAUGGUUUGAUGUUGAACGGUUCAGAAAUCAGCCAGUGCCAUUAUUAUGGCUGGGAUCCACCAUUGCCUACCUGUGAAGAAAUCAGAGACAGAUGUCCUCCCAGACCACGGCCAAGCAACACAGAGGAGAUCCCUUCAAAACAACAUGAUUCUAAUGGGGAGGAAGUGCAGAUAAAAUGCCUGCCAGGAUUCAAGUUACAUGGCUCAGAAUCAAUACUCUGUAUCAAUGGAAGCUGGACGUCUCUUCCGCAGUGCAUUUAUGAGCAUAAAUGUAAAAACCCACCUUCUAUAAGAUUUGGACAAAUUGAACCAACAAGCAAUCGAAGUAAUGUCAAAUACAGAUGUGAUAAUGGAUACCAAUUAAGUGGACCAGAGGAAAGUAUCUGCAUUGGUGGGAACUGGUCCUUACCUCCGAUCUGUUUAAAGACGGAAAAAAAAUGUCCAGCACCUCCAAGAAUCAUCUAUGGAGAAAUGAAAUCCUUAGUCCAUACAGAAUACCCUUCCGGAUCUACAGUAGAAUAUCAAUGCCAGCAGCUUUACAAGCAUCAGGGAAAUCUAACAAUUGUAUGUGAAAAUGGAAGUUGGUCAGAUGUCCCUGUUUGUUUGGGAAAAGUGAACUACAAUAAUCUGAAAGAAUUUAUUAGAAAACAAAGAGCCAGUAUGACUUCACUGAGCCUGACAACUGAAUCAGAAAAACAAAGACUAGACAAAAUCAAUAAAGAAGUGGAUGAGGAGAUAGAAAAAAUCGAAACCUUUAAGACUGAGAGCAGUUUCGAACAACUUGAAAUUAAAUUGAAAAAUCAAUUGGAAAGAUUCCAAUCCACCAUAAAAUCACGCAAACAUUCUAAAUUCAUAAGGGACAACAAAGACUUCCAAACAGGGAAUAUUUACCAGAGGUCUAAACAAAGUAGAAGGGUCGAGUUUGAUCAAUUCUCCACCUCUGACCAGGGCAAAUCAAGACGCAAAACCACAGAGGAACACAAGAAGCAAGAGCACUCGAGGCUUCCAACGAAGGAAAGCGUACUGACUCAAGAGAGCCAAAUUAUCAAUUUAUCCUCCUACCAAUUGACUACCCCGGAAAUAGAACUAUUGAAAAAAGGCCUGUCCUUUGUCCCAACACCGACAUUCGAUAGCUUUAGUUGGACCAAAGAUAUCCACUUAUUUGCUAGAAAACUAGCUCUCCAUAAAUAUCAUUGCAUUAAAAGAACUAAACAAGCAUCAAGACUAGGCUUGGAAGCGAGGGACAUGGACGUGCUAGACAGCUUAGUAGAACUGCUCAGCAAUAAUGAACCAUUCAGUACACAGCAAGCACCGUUCACCAAUUUAAAACCAAAAAGCAGGUUUACACCCUAUAUACCUGAUUACAAGUAUAUAGACUUAUUUGUGGAACUAUCCUGUAAAGAGAUUGAAGCACUGGACACGAAUUCCCAGUACCCCUUUCAGCCAAAUAAUCUGAACCCCUUGGAAAUGAAAGCCUUAGGUAAACUCAAAAGAAAUGAAAUGAUCAUCAUCAAACCAUCAGACAAGGGGGGGAACCUGGUGAUAAUGGACAGAACCCACUAUGUCCAAAUGGUGCACAGUAUACUGGAUGACAAGGACACCUAUCUGGCACUCUCCCUGGAUCCUACCAAAAGAUUUUUUGCAGAACUGAAAAACAUCCUCGACCAAGCCCUCUCCAGUGAACUAAUAAGUAUGGACGAAAAUGAGUGGAAAUUGUCUCCUCUGUUUUCAGAACCAUGCACAGUAAGUCAGAAAGACAUGACAAAAAAUAACAUACAGCUAAGGUGGAAAACAGAUAAUAAAUUGUAUUCUGAACAUGACAACACUGUGGAGUUUAUCUGCUCCCCUGGAUUUGAAAUUCAGCCAUCUUCAACGCUUCGAGUUAAAUGCAACAGAGGAAAAUUAAUGUACCCUAGAUGCUUUAAGCAAGGCUCCUGCAUUUUAUCAAAAAAAGUGAUGUUGAUAAAUUAUAUUGUGCUGCCAGAUACACAUUUGGAAAUUGAAGAUGGGGAGAGCAUGCAGUUUCAAUGCAUCAAGGGAAUGAUUCCAGAACAGGAGCUCAGAGUUACAUGUAGUAAAGGUGAAAUAAAUUACCCAAAGUGUAAUAAACAGAAUGAGCAUAAAUGUGAAAACCCACCUUCUAUAAGAUUUGGACAAAUUGAACCAACAAGCAAUCGAAGUAAUGUCAAAUACAGAUGUGAUAAUGGAUACCAUUUAAGUGGACCAGAGGAAAGUAUCUGCAUUGGUGGGAACUGGUCCUUACCUCCGAUCUGUUUAAAGACGGAAAAAAAAUGUCCAGCACCUCCAAGAAUCAUCUAUGGAGAAAUGAAAUCCUUAGUCCAUACAGAAUACCCUUCCGGAUCUACAGUAGAAUAUCAAUGCCAGCAGCUUUACAAGCAUCAGGGAAAUCUAACAAUUGUAUGUGAAAAUGGAAGUUGGUCAGAUGUCCCUGUUUGUUUGGAACCAUGCACAGUAAGUCAGAAAGACAUGACAAAAAAUAACAUACAGCUAAGGUGGAAAACAGAUAAUAAAUUGUAUUCUGAACAUGACAACACUGUGGAGUUUAUCUGCUCCCCUGGAUUUGAAAUUCAGCCAUCUUCAACGCUUCGAGUUAAAUGCAACAGAGGAAAAUUAAUGUACCCUAGAUGCUUUAAGCAAGGCUCCUGCAUUUUAUCAAAAAAAGUGAUGUUGAUAAAUUAUAUUGUGCUGCCAGAUACACAUUUGGAAAUUGAAGAUGGGGAGAGCAUGCAGUUUCAAUGCAUCAAGGGAAUGAUUCCAGAACAGGAGCUCAGAGUUACAUGUAGUAAAGGUGAAAUAAAUUACCCAAAGUGUAAUAAACAGAAUGAGCAUAAAUGUGAAAACCCACCUUCUAUAAGAUUUGGACAAAUUGAACCAACAAGCAAUCGAAGUAAUGUCAAAUACAGAUGUGAUAAUGGAUACCAAUUAAGUGGACCAGAGGAAAGUAUCUGCAUUGGUGGGAACUGGUCCUUACCUCCGAUCUGUUUAAAGACGGAAAAAAAAUGUCCAGCACCUCCAAGAAUCAUCUAUGGAGAAAUGAAAUCCUUAGUCCAUACAGAAUACCCUUCCGGAUCUACAGUAGAAUAUCAAUGCCAGCAGCUUUACAAGCAUCAGGGAAAUCUAACAAUUGUAUGUGAAAAUGGAAGUUGGUCAGAUGUCCCUGUUUGUUUGGAACCAUGCACAGUAAGUCAGAAAGACAUGACAAAAAAUAACAUACAGCUAAGGUGGAAAACAGAUAAUAAAUUGUAUUCUGAACAUGACAACACUGUGGAGUUUAUCUGCUCCCCUGGAUUUGAAAUUCAGCCAUCUUCAACGCUUCGAGUUAAAUGCAACAGAGGAAAAUUAAUGUACCCUAGAUGCUUUAAGCAAGGCUCCUGCAUUUUAUCAAAAAAAGUGAUGUUGAUAAAUUAUAUUGUGCUGCCAGAUACACAUUUGGAAAUUGAAGAUGGGGAGAGCAUGCAGUUUCAAUGCAUCAAGGGAAUGAUUCCAGAACAGGAGCUCAGAGUUACAUGUAGUAAAGGUGAAAUAAAUUACCCAAAGUGUAAUAAACAGAAUGAGCAUAAAUGUGAAAACCCACCUUCUAUAAGAUUUGGACAAAUUGAACCAACAAGCAAUCGAAGUAAUGUCAAAUACAGAUGUGAUAAUGGAUACCAAUUAAGUGGACCAGAGGAAAGUAUCUGCAUUGGUGGGAACUGGUCCUUACCUCCGAUCUGUUUAAAGACGGAAAAAAAAUGUCCAGCACCUCCAAGAAUCAUCUAUGGAGAAAUGAAAUCCUUAGUCCAUACAGAAUACCCUUCCGGAUCUACAGUAGAAUAUCAAUGCCAGCAGCUUUACAAGCAUCAGGGAAAUCUAACAAUUGUAUGUGAAAAUGGAAGUUGGUCAGAUGUCCCUGUUUGUUUGGAACCAUGCACAGUAAGUCAGAAAGACAUGACAAAAAAUAACAUACAGCUAAGGUGGAAAACAGAUAAUAAAUUGUAUUCUGAACAUGACAACACUGUGGAGUUUAUCUGCUCCCCUGGAUUUGAAAUUCAGCCAUCUUCAACGCUUCGAGUUAAAUGCAACAGAGGAAAAUUAAUGUACCCUAGAUGCUUUAAGCAAGGCUCCUGCAUUUUAUCAAAAAAAGUGAUGUUGAUAAAUUAUAUUGUGCUGCCAGAUACACAUUUGGAAAUUGAAGAUGGGGAGAGCAUGCAGUUUCAAUGCAUCAAGGGAAUGAUUCCAGAACAGGAGCUCAGAGUUACAUGUAGUAAAGGUGAAAUAAAUUACCCAAAGUGUAAUAAACAGAAGCCUUGCCGAUUGUCAUUAGAAGAAAUCAACAAGAAUAAUUUAAUAAUGAGAGUGGCCAUUACUAAAGAUAGUAUGUAUGAUCAUGGAGUGAAAAUACCCCUUCGGUGUAAACCUGGAUUUUUCACUGUAUCUGUUUUAAGUUUGGAGUGCUAUAAUGGAGUAAUGAGAUAUCCCACCUGCUUUAACGAAC